AAGGACGGGUGGAAGCCACUGCUGUUUAUAAUUUCGGCCACAUGUGAUGAAUUCACAAAACAUGUCGUUCACGUGCGGCGAAAUGUCCAAGAUCAUACGUCUCUCCGUAUCACUGUUUUGUGCCGUUUCGCUUUAUCUAGCAUGCGGUGGAGCGAGUGGUGAAUCUUUGCGGAAAACGCCGACGAUUGAGGCCAAUGUCAGCAGCGACGACGCCACGGAAACGCAGCAUACCACUUGCAAGAUCGCGACGGAAGAUGUGGUCGCAAACGCACGUGCCACUGUUACAAGAGUACUCACCGGAGUAUGCAAUGCGAAGGCGAUGGACGAAAAAUUCGUGAGUCUGGAGGAAAAAUUAAAUAAGGAAUUUGCGGACGUUAAGCGGUUGCUUUACAGCAUUCUGGAGCAGCAGCCGAAUUAUUUGAAUAGUAUACGAAACGCCAAUCUUCACGGAACGUUCGACGGUUAUUCGUCUCCGAGACAAGAUGAGAUCGGCAGAUACAACAACACCAUGCAAAAUUUAUCAGCGUUGAACGGCUCGGCGACAAGUGCGUUCGCCUAUUACUGGCAGGUGAGCAACUUCAACGUGAUGCUAGCAAGCUGGCAGACCGGCCGUUCGAUGCGAAGCCUGACCUUUUACGCGGGUCGCAGCGGCUACGCGAUGUAUCUGAAAAUCACUCCGAAAUACUUUCCCGAUGGCACGGUCUUCGUGGGUGUCGGAUUAACCCGCGGCCGUUACGAUUCCGCUCUCGCAUGGCCGUUUCCUCACAGAAUCCGCCUCGAGGUAUUAGAUCAGUCAUUGAGAGGCGUGCGUGAGGACCGACGGUCUCGAAUUUGGGAUCCGGCUACACUUUGCACAGAAGAUUUCUGGGGUAGACCCGCAGGUGCGGCAGAUAAUCCGGAGUGCGUCGGACUGAGUAUUCCCAGGCGUGUAAUUCUAUCAAAAUCAUUAUCAAUAUCGUCCCAACGAUAUUCAGGAAACGCCAGGUACAUGUGGAACGGAAGUGUACUAAUCAAACUUCUCGUUUAUCUGUAGACUAUCUAAGGUAACUGUGUAACUAUCAGCGUUACAAUGCUGAUAGUCCUGCAAUAUUGCUACAAACAGCAUUGCUAAUACUUUUGCCUCUGUUAUCAAGCACACUAUGUAUCGUAAUUUCUCAUUAAAAAAAACGAGAAAGAGCAAAA